CAAGAAUAGUAUGCUUGAGUUUUCUGUGCUGCGCAGCAGUUAAAUAAAAUAGAAUACACCGCUGCUGCAGAUAGAAAUCGGAAUUAAUAACCAGUGCAAGUUGCAUUGGCCCCAAAUAGAAGUCGCAUUUUUGUGGGGCGUGCAAUGUUUAGGAUCCAUUUGAAAAUGGGUCCGCAACGCAACCACAGCAACAACAACAAUGGUGCCGCAGGAAGUAGCAGCACCGGAAGUCGUCACCUGAAGGAGUUCACCUGCUGCUUCGGGCUGCAUGUCCACACGGCCACUUUGAUGAUCGGAUUGUGGCACCUGUUCUUGAACAUCUUGGCUUUGAGCGUCCUGGCAGUUAUAUGGCGCAAUCCCGAGAUGAUGGACGAGCUGGAAGGCGGCACCCACGACUACACCGUGGAUCUGAGUGCACCGGCCUUGCCCACGCCCCUGAGCAAGGUCGAACCACCCUACGCCUACCGCGACCACUCCUUCAACUAUCGUAAGCGUUACCAGAACUUUGACAUGGGCGGCUUGGUGUGCACCUGCAUGAUUGCCAUCACGCUGAUGAUGAUCUACGGCACCAUCAAGGGGAAACCCUCGCACUUGUUGCCCUUCUUUUGUCUGCAGUUGUUUGACUUUGCCAUUACCACUCUCACCGCCGCUGGAUAUCUAUGCUACCUGCAGGCCAUCCACAGCAUCAUUGCCGAGUCGCAUCGCUUGCCAUGGCGCGAGAAGCUGCUGGAACUGCCGCCUGAGGAGCUGGUUGUGGUGGUCCUGGUCGUCUUCAUUUGCAUUGUCUUUCUCAAGGCCUACUGCAUUGGUAUCGUUUGGCGCUGCUACAAGUACUUGACCCUGCGUCAGCAACAUGUUCGCACCCUGUUCCCGUUCCUGGAGCCACCAACUGGAGUGCACAGCGUGGGCGGAACCUUUGGGGCCGAGGAGCGGUCCUACUCCACGCUGCUGCCCAACUACGACGAAGCCAUUGCCCAGUACUUGAAGCAGGCACCGCCGCCUUCCUACCAGGUGGCCAUGUCCAACUACGAGGAGGCCGAAGACGCAGCGGCUGAGGGGGCCGAGGUCAAUCCCUCGGUGGCACCCUUGUUUGUGGCCCUUGGAGCAGCCACCACCGCCAACGCCGCCUCCAAUACGGAUGACAACAUGGAUAACAACAAUGAUCAGCCGAACAACAACAACACGAUGCAUGUGAACGCCAAUACGCCGCCAAUGCGUCGCAGCGAUGCCGCUGUGAGCGCCAAUGUCAAUGAGCGGGAGGAUGAUGACGAUGAUGACGACGACUUGGAGGUGAUCGACGCUGGCGUUGAUGUUAUCGGAGGCAUUCCGCCUCCGCCGCCCUACAACGACGUGGCCGACGCCCAGGUGCAGGUGCCGUCGCACUCGCCGCUGCACCGCCAGCCCAACAUCCCGGGACAGGUGCUCGACGGACGCGACGAGAGCCAGGCCUAAGUAGUUGGAUUAGCAGUUUUGGAUUAGUUUGCUUCUCAUGGCGAGUGGGUUGUGAUCAGCGGUGACCACCCCACCUCUCCACCUCUCCACCUCCUCCUCUUGCCCAGAUGAUCUGGUUUCAUCUAACAGCUAUCAUUCCCAGGCACACAUACACGGUCUAUAAGGUCUAUUGCUUCAAUGUAUUGAUCAGUGUUUUUAGAGAAUCGAAACCCAAACAAGUUUUCGCUUUUAGCCGUCGCUCAUUAUUGUUGUUUAACGUACAAUUAAGAUGCUCUAGUUGCUGCUCAUUUAGUAUACAUAGCAAACAGACAAACAAGCAAGCAAGCAAGCAAAACCAAAAACAAAAACAUUUUGCGAUGCUGGCAAGGAAAGCUUCAAUUCCUUUUCGGCCGCAUCUGACCCAAACUUAGCUGCAACAAUCUGUUAGAUCGUUUUUCAUUUGGCCCGAAAUAGCCCGAGCAUUUCGGAUAGUCUGUAGGCCCAAGUAGUUGUUACCAGAGAGUGUCGCUGGCAUAAUAACGAUGUUCUUUGUUUUUUUAAGCUAUCUCGUAAGACUCUAUGCAUAUUGAAUACCGCGUACUGAAUUCACAGCACAGGCAUACAUAAUCCAUAAAUUAUGAUGAUAUUAUCUAUUGUAUUUUACCAUGGCGUAUUAAUACCAGCAACUGUAAUGUUUUCUGUGUGUACAAUAUCUAAAUGUAUACUGUGUACUAAAUAUGCAGAGAUAUUCGAAUAAAAAUUAGUUUAUAUUUAA